ACGACGGCCACCGUAGUUGUGUCUGACGACAGUCGGGCAGCAGCAGCUCUCAGGAGUCAAACACAGCGUCAUGGCCGGUAAAGGAGGAAAACAGAGUCGCACGGGCUCGAGUAGAAAGAGCGCGGCUGAACAGGAGGAAGAGGAGCAGCCGCUGCAGGCUGUCUUGGUCGCUGACAGCUUCAACCGGAGGUUUUUCCCCGUGACCAAGGACCAGCCACGGGCUCUGCUGCCGCUGGGCAAUGUUGCCAUGAUCGACUACACCCUGGAGUUCCUCACAUCCACCGGGGUGCAGGAAACCUUCGUCUUCUGCUGCUGGAUGGCCAGCAAGAUCAAGGAUCAUCUACUGAAGUCAAAGUGGUGUCGCCCCACCUCUCCCAACACGGUCCACAUCAUCACCUCAGAGAUGUACCGCUCCCUGGGGGAUGUGCUCCGGGACGUGGACACCAAGAACCUUGUGCGCUCAGACUUUGUCCUGGUUUAUGGAGACGUGGUGUCGAACAUUGACGUCAGCCAGGCGCUGCAAGAGCACAGGCAUCGUCGGAAAACGGAGAAGAACAUCUCGGUGAUGACGAUGAUCUUCAAGGAGUCAUCACCAGGUCACAGGUCUCGCUGUGAGGAAGACAACGUCAUCGUUGCCAAUGACGGCAAGAGCCAGCGGAUUUUACACUACCAGAAGACACAGGGGCUGAAGAGGCUACAGUUUCCCAUGAACAUUUUCCACAGUGGAAGCGAUGAGUUUGAAAUAAGACACGACCUCCUCGACUGCCACAUCAGUAUCUGCUCCCCACAGGUUGCAGAGCUCUUCACUGACAAUUUUGACUACCAAACGAGGAAUGACUUUGUCAGAGGACUCUUGGUCAAUGAAGAGAUCCUUGGAAACCAGAUACACAUGCACGUCACCAAGGAUGGCUACGGUGUCAGAGUGUCCAACUUGUUCAUGUACGAUGCGGUGUCGUCGGACCUCGUGCGGCGGUGGGUCUACCCGCUCACACCAGAGGCCAACUUCGCGGACCUGGAGGGACGGAGCUGCACGUACUCUCGACACAACGUGUAUCGCGGGUGCGGCGUCAGUCUGGGCCUUGGCAGCCAGAUGGUGGAGAAUGUUCUCAUUGGCUACGACACUAGCAUCGGCGCCAACUGUCACAUUUCCAACAGUGUCAUUGGUAACAAUUGCACCAUAGGUGACAAUGUCAAUCUGAACCACGCCUACAUCUGGAAUAAUGUUCACAUCGCCAGUAACGUGGUGAUCAGCCAGUCUGUGGUCUGUGACGAGGCCGAGGUCAAAGAAGGUGUGACGCUGAACAAACAGUGUGUCCUGGCAUAUAAUGUGGUGAUUGGACCAAACGUCUCUCUGCAAGAAGGUACUGUGGUGUCAAUGCACCAUCCGGAGGAGGAGGAAGAGGACGAUGAUGACAAAUUCCUCAGUGAUGAUGCAGAGGUUUGUCAGAGCAAAGACAAAACCAAACAGAAAGUUUUCAGCCCGUCGGAGGUCGGAGCAGAGGGACAAGGCUACAUUUGGAAGGCCAGCAGCCUGGACGAUACAGAGGAUGAGGAACUGCCACAGUGUCUCUGGGGUUUGGUGUUGAACCCUGAACUUGAGAGUGAAAGUGAGGACAGUGAGCCCGAUGGUCCGGACGAUCCACAGAUCCCCUCUCCUGAGAUGGACGACGAUAAAGUCUUCCAGAUGGAGGUGCUGGGGACGCUGCAGAGAGGCUUGGAGGAAAACAUCGGCUGUGACAAUCUUGUACUCGAGAUCAACUCUCUCAAGUACGCCUACAACAUCACUCUGAAGGAGGUGAUGCAGAUUUUGACCAGAGUGGUUCUGGAGUAUCCUUUUCAGCAGCAGGGCCCUCAGCUCACCGCGUCACAAUAUGUCGGCGUCCUCCUGCCGUUAUUGAAGAAAUGGUCACCAGUGUUUAAGAACUAUGUGAAGAGAGCCCAGGACCAUCUGGACUGUCUCUCCGCUUUCGAAGAGCACUUCCUGGAGCAGGAGAGCCACUGGGCCGCCAUGGUGAAGGUCCUGAUGAACAUGUACCAACUAGAGAUCCUGGAGGAGGAGAUGAUACUACGAUGGUUCUCCAAGGGAGCGACCACCGACAAGAGCAGACAGCUCCGCAAGAACCAGGGGCUUCAGAAGUUCAUCCAGUGGCUGGAGGAGGCAGAGGAGUCUUCAGAGGAGGAGGCAGAAUGACGCGGAGCACUUGACAAAGAACAAAGAGGAUUCUGUAAAACUUGAAAACUGUUGUGUGCAUAUGGGGAUUUGGGCCGAUUUGUUUUAUCCUCCGCAACAGCUUUUUCUGCCACUGGUAACCAUCUUUAUCUGGUCUGCGUAACUCAUAGUUUUUAGUCAUAUGGACUAUGUGCUAUGAAUGUCACUUUCCAAAUAAAGGAGAAACACUCUGACUGCUUGAAAA